CACCCGCAAAUGACCUGCACACAAGCCACACAACGCAGCCGCGCUUAGCCAAUGUCAGGCUGCACAGGGAGCAGCAGGAGGAAGAGGAGGAGGGCGCCUUGUACGCACGGCAUGUAAACAAUACAUGUAAGUUAGCAAAUAAUGCUGAGUGGGAGCCGCAGCCUGAGCUGCUGAAGUGGAUCGGGAGCUCCCCAGCCUGGACCUCUCCCCACGCCCGUUUUCUAGCGGGAGGGAGGGACGGAGCCAGGCCCGAGGGCGCGUGGCGGCUGCGGGGAGCGAGCGAGGGAGCGAGCAUGGCUUUCCAGCAGCUGGCGGACGUGGCGGAGAAGUGGUGCUCCAACACCCCCUUCGAGCUCAUCGCCACCGAGGAGACGGAGCGGAGGAUGGAUUUCUACGCCGACCCCGGCGUCUCCUUCUACGUGCUGUGUCCGGACAGCGGCUGCGGGGACAAUUUUCAUGUGUGGAGUGAAAGUGAGGACUGCUUACCUUUCCUGCAGUUGGCACAGGACUACAUCUCUUCCUGUGGUAAAAAGACACUCCAUGAAAUACUGGAAAAAGUCUUCAAAUCUUUCAGGCCUUUACUGGGGCUUCCAGAUGUCGAUGAUGAUGCAUUUGAAGAAUAUAACGCAGAUGUGGAAGAGGAGGAACCAGAAGCCGAUCACCAACAAAUGGGUGUCAGCCAGCAGUAAUUAUCUGAGGAAUUAACAGAUCUUAAUCCCUUGGUACCAGGUGGGGUCAUGUGCUCCUGCAUUAGCAUUUUUGAAUUAGCGCAUCAUAUGGGAAAUAUGGCUCCCAGAAUCAAAGUUUAAAAAAAAAAUCAAAACAUAAAUAUCUCUGUGAUGAGCUUUGCUAAGAAGUGACCUGAAUUUCUCUCCUGUUUCAGUGGGGUUUCUAUGGAGUUGUCUUGGUAGCAUUCUGCCAUCAUUAAUUUAGAACUAGUUUUGUCGCUGACUGUCUUUUUGACUUGUGUUUUGAGAAUAACAUUCACUGACAUGAAUGUACUUUGAAUGUAGUAACUGUUGAAUAGUGUGUGAAGUACUCACAUAUGACCUUACGGAGGAAAAAUGAAUGCAGAGAAUAAAUGCAAUCUGCACUUUUAGUUUUAAUGGAACAAUUUUUUUUUAAUUUUAAUUUUUAUUUUUUGCUAUACUACCAGUCAGAGUAUCAAACUGUGAGCGAUUAUGCCUGUAAAGCACUAGUUCCAUAAUGGUUAAUAUUGCAAAAGUGCACAUAAAGAUUUGAAAAAAAAAAUUACUUAGGAGGGACAAAAUUUAGGCAAAUGCUUGUGCAGCACAUUUUAGUGUUUCUUAACACCACCUGAAUGUAGAGGUGCUGGGUUAAUCGCUGGGGAUAAUUAGGACAUUUGUGUGAUCAGUGCACAUGAUGGUACACCUUGGUACUUUGAUACCAUCUGUUCCAAAGCCAAAUACUGUUUUAAUAGAAAUUAAAUGAAUUAAAAAUUUUCCAUUGCAUAGUCUCCUCCUGCACAAAAAUCAUCCUUCAGCUUUGCUGACUUUAAUAAAACAACAACUUUAUUCAAAUCUUGCCGCAUCCUGAAUUAAAGUGCAACUUAACUUUGAAGCCCUAAGGGUAUAAACCCAGCACCUGGCUCUUCAAGUUAUAAUGGAAUCCGCUGCUUCACACUGGGCCUUGUUCUUCAGUGUCUUGUACCUUGUGUAGCUAUUCAUGCUUGUCAAAGUUGGUGUAAAAUGCUACCAAACCAGAAUGGUAGGGCUUGAUUCUCAUUCUCACUAAGCCCCCUUUACAUUGUUCUCGCUGUGUAAAAAGGUCUUGAAGGGAGCACAGAUGUAAUUUAUGCCCACUUUAAGGUCCUUUACAUUGCCUAGGGUGGGUCCUCGGCUGGUGUCAUUGCCUGUAGAAUGAUGACAGUUUCCGUCAACUGAUGACCUGUCCCCCAGAGUGGUGGAAAGAGGUUUUAGAGUAAGUUAAAGUAAGACCCAUAGUAUUUUACACCUCGUUUGCCCAAGUGUAAGUGACUCUCAAGUGAGGGUCAGAUGGUGAAAAGACAGGACCUCUUUAUUUACUCACCUUUUAUUCUGAAAAUGCAAGAAAAGAAGGGAUUCCAUUCUCAUACAGCAAUUUUACGCUAUCUAGGAAAGUAUUUCUAAAUGACUGUUUUUAGACAACUUUUUUAAAAACACAAAAUGUAGGUCACAAACUUCAAAGCCCUUUAAUACAGCGUUAGCUUUAUAAAAAUUAACACUUAGUGAAGAGAAAAUGUUUGGACAACUCUCAGAAACAACUGACACUCUUUUAAAAACUCUGUUAUUAGCAGUAUCUCCUAUUGGAUCUAUUUGUAAAAGAAACUGUUUUAAAGCCUAGUGAAAGAGUUAAUUUUCUUGGUGAUUUGUGUGUCUGAUGAAGGCUUAGGGGAUGCAUAACACUUAAUUUUCUAACAGAGGCAAAACUUUCUGUAACCAAGAUGGAAAAUGGUAUUUGAAUAUGCACAGAAGUGUCUGCAACACUGUAAAAGUCUGAGUUUAAGAAUAUCACAAACUAGACAAGAAACCAAGCUUAAUGAAACUUUGUACAUUCUCUUGGCAUGCAGGCAUAUAAAUAUGAUAGUCGCAACACAUUUUCUAUGGACUAGUGGUGUGAGAACUGUGGCAGUUCAUUGUAUAACACUGUACAGCAGCAAUAGGCGCUUUUUGCUUACCAAAAUAAAGUGUAAUACGAGUGGUUUCCAUCCCUGCUUUAAGUACCCAAGUUUUUCUUUCCUUUCCAUCUAAAAGAGACUUGUCAUAACUUUACACAGGGGCGUCCUUCAGAGGAGCUUUUUGGGGGUUACAUCUUUAGGUGCUGAUCCUUUGAUUCCAACUCAUACAAACAGAUAUUUUGGGGGCUGAUUUUCCUCUGCUUUGAAUCUAAAGUAGUGCAUUGUUUGCACCUAUGCAAGGUGGGUAUAAAAUACUACCAUUCUGAUUUGCUAACCAUUUAAAUCAGUUUUGCACAGGUGCAGAUGACUGUGCACACAGCUUCUGAUUCUCCUUUACAUUAAGACUCCUUCGCACUGCUCUGACAUGGGUAUAGAUGUAAUUUUCAGGAGGCUUAAUGCAAAUGAGAGUCAGUCAGGCUGUUUGACUACAAUGGGUCUAUUUCUGUGAGUAAGAGCUACUUGAGUGAGUGAAGGCUGGAGGAUCCACCCCUUAUGAACUACAUACAUUGGAGUUGAGAUGUAUUCUGCACUUUGCCACCUUUGCCUGCAUUUUGAUUGACUCUGAUCUGCAGAUGAGCAGUUGAGCAUUAAUAUGGUUAUAAGCAAACAUGAAGCUGUAAGUUAUGAAGAUAGAUAUAUUAUUUCCUGUAUUCAUUUGUUUUUAUUUUGAACAUCACAUGCCAUGUGAGUGACUUCUGCAACUUGCCUAGGGCCCUAGCCUGCAGCUUUCACUCCGAUUAAACUCCUAUUGAAGCCAGCAAGAGUUUUGCCCAAAUAAAGACUGAAGAUCAGGCUCCUGAAAGGGCCUAGUCCUGCAAAGUGCUGAACCCCCUCAUCUCCCAUUGUUUUUGCCAGGGCUGAGCAUGUUGAGCCACUGCUGGGUCAGGCUACUACCAUGCACUAUUUAAAAUAAACUGGAAUUUUAUAUAGCAAGGAUAAAAUAUAAAUUAACGUGUAUUAAAUGUUGAAUUAGCAUUAAUACAGAAUGUAUUUUAUCAAAAAUACUAGUUUCUUAGACUUUGACCAUAUCCGUUUCUGUGUUGUUAUGGUAUUAUUUCUUAUUUAUCAAACAAUCCAAGAAAUGCUGAGUUAUCUAGUGGAACCACAAGGGUUCCAAACUUUUUACUAUUUUUUUUUUUUCCUUCUCACUUCCCUUGUCUGAGUUGGAAUUAUUAGCCACUUACCCAGUAAGUAAAAGGAGGAGUCAUGGCCCAAUGGAUCGAACACCCGCCUGAGAGCCGAGUCCUGUAAACACAUGUGGAUAAGAGCUUGCAGGGUGGGAGCCCGAGUCAGGGAAUCUGGGGUUUCUUAUCAGCUCUGCCACUGAUUCACUCUUGACUUAGGUGAGUCAUUGCGGUUUUCAGGGGAGUCUGUGAGAGUUAUGCAUCCAAAGCCUGGUGAAAUUCAGUGGGAAAUGGGUGCCUAAGGCCUAUAUUUUCCUUUGAAAAUCUCAGUCUCUAAGGUGCCACAAGGACUCCUUGUUGUUUUUGCUGAUGCAGACUAACACGGCUACCACUCUGAAACCUGAAUCUUGUACUUCAGUUUCCCAACCUGUAAAACGAAGAUGAUAGUAAUGUUUACUCACCCAUAUAAAGUGCUUUUCGAUCUAGGGAUGAACACUAAUAAGUAUUUUAUUAUUGCCCAUCCUCAAAGCAGAAUGUCGGUUGAAAGACAGUAAAAAAAUGGGCAAAGCCAGUCUCUUUUCCAUAUAUAGAUUUGAUUUUCUAACUAAAUAUAAAUGUACCAGAACAGAGACUCUCAGACCUGGCUCUUUUGAAUACAUGUUGCUCUUUUGCGAUGAGCAGAGUGCUGUUUGGGAAGGUUCAGAAAUAGGUGGAACGUCAGGAAAAAAGGAAUAGGUUUUAUAAAUAUUACAACUAGGUUUUGUUGGGGUGAGGGUAGCACAGGGCAAGAGAAUAGAACGAUAUCUUUCAGAAAAAAUACCACGAUUUUGAGAGAUCUUAGACUUAGCUCCACGCAGUCUGCUUCUGGAUCCCAUGCAGUCCAUAGAGAAACUGCUACAUGUUCCUAUAAGGUCUCAAAGUCGGGUGUAGUUCUGUGUAGGUUAAAAUUAGCAUAAUGAUUGAUAAAUGUGGGGGUGACAAGGGGGAGGGAUGGAGAAAAGAUUAACUUAGGGCUUGUCAACUAUAGGCACUGUACUGACACAGCUGUGCUACAGAAGCGAUGCCACUGUAGCAUGAUAAUGUAAAUGCUUCCUAUGUUGAUGGAUAGGCUUUUUCCAUCACUGUAGGAACUCCACCUCCCUGAGUGGUGGUAGAUAGGCAGACUGAAGCAUUCUAACUGGGGGUUUAUAGCUAUGCUGACCUGGGCUCAGAGGUGUGGGUUUUUCACACCCCUGAGUGCUAUAACUGUAUUGACCUAAAUUUUAAGUAUAGACCAGGCCUAAGAGACUUUUUUUUGCCUAGUGUUGGUAUUUAUUUAUUUGUAUUGUGGUAGCAUAGGAGCUCCAGCCAUGGGCCAGGACCCCAUUGUGCUAGGGGCUGUCCAAACACAGAACAAAAAGACCCCAAAGAGCUUGCUCUGGAUACAGGCAGCGCAUUUUAGAGACAAACUAAAUUCUUUGUUCACUAACACAGAUGUGGGGACUAACAACCCCACCAUGCACAGUCAUAAUCAGUAACUUGAACCUCUCAGGACCGCCCAGUCCAAAUCGCGAGCCCUAUCCCGUAUUAUUUCUCAGCUAGUCAGUUCCCCCCCACACUUUGGGUAGCUCUGUGCCUUUGAAAUUUGUAAGCUCAUAAAAUGCAGUUUUUGCUGAAAAUAAUUGGAGCUAGCUUUCCUUUAUCAGUGGCCUGCAUACAGACUAUUGUGAUUUCACCCUGUGUUGCAGGACAUGCUGUUUGAGUCGGGGGAGCAAGAGUGGGGAAGGUGUUCUGCAGCGAAGCAGCUUGUGUCAUAUACAGCCCCAGCUGUAGUUACUUCUUAAUAAGCUGUGAAGAGCCAUCCCAAGGGUCCAUUACAGUCAAAGUAGUUUUCAGAUGGCUGUUUCACAGAAGCAGGGAAUAGCUGUCCAAUUUCUCUCAAUAAAGAGUACUUUUAGUCAUGUUUUACCAGGACCCAAGACUGAAGCACACUGGUCAAGGUUUGAUGGUAAGUGACUAGUGAUUUUUGGGUGUCCAGACUGAGACAUCUUAAUGAGGCUUGAUUUCCAGGAAAUGCUUAAACACUCAACCUCUCAAAAUCAUGUCCCUUCAAGAUGUCCCAUUUUGGGCACCCAAAAACGAAGGCAUCUGAAAUCACUAGUCACUUGAAAAUCUUGCUCAGCCUGGGCUUCAGGCUCUGAAGAUUGAGUAGCUAAGGAAGCUGGCACUUUGUAUCCGCUGUCUGUGUGUACUCUGUUCUGAAUUGUGUUGAACAAAGGGGGGCAUUUUAUUGUUUGGUUUUUAAUUCUGGCAAAGCCCUUCUCUUCCAACCCACUUCUGCAAUAUGAGUUCCCAGUUGGAAAACCAUGGUCCCUAAUUACUAGGCAGGAGUGACUGAAGGAAGUGAAGGUGUUAAAUCCUAACAGGCUCUGUGUGGGUGGAUUCCCUGAAGUUAUUGGGAGUGAAGGAGAGUUAUGCAUUCUCUGUGAGCGAAGGAGUAAGAUUGGGGCCUGAAUUUCCAAAGGGUUUUAUUACAAUAAAAACACACAGUGAGACACAUCAUUCUCCCCAGAGUUCCUCAAUACCUGAAUAUCCAGUCCUGAAACCAGAAACUGCCCCUUUUAGGAUUUAAUCAGACUUGGUCUGAAAUUUACCAGAUUGCAUUGUUGGUAUCUGAUGUCCAUGGCAGAUGCACAUUGCACCCUGUAGGAGGAGAUUUGUUUAAGAGCCCCACCUACAAUGACCAGUUCAGUGUGCUAAAUUGUUGGUCAAAUCCAUUAUGUUGGGAUUUUUUAACAUCACCUGUUUUAUUAUUUCUAAAGGGUAUUAUGCAUAAAGGCACAGCUACAUUAUUACAAGCUCAAGUUUAAAUAAAGUCAUGUAACAUUGCUUCAUCAAUCAGCUCAGUUGUAAGCAGGAACGUAUAGAGUAUCACAAAUGGUGUUCAUUUGCCUGUAGAAAAAAUUAUUUGAGCUAGCCAGUACUGACCACAGGAAAGCUACACCAGUUUCAUGUAAAAUACUUUGAGCUUUUGAAAUUCCCUUUCUGUACUGACAUACUGUUAUUUAUGUAGACAAAGAUAUGUAAUAACAUUGCAUGUAAAGGAUGUCUACUUUAGUCUUUAGGGAGUAGGGGAAUAAAUGUCAAAACUGGAGUUCAGUCUAAAUCAAUUUUUGUUGUCAAGUUUUACUCUCCUAAUGUUGGGCUCAAUCCAGCCAGCAACAUAUCAAGCAGAAAUAACGAGCAAUUUGCCAUGCAAAACUGUUUUUAGUGUGGUUUUUCUCAUUUUCUUGCUGGAAGAUUUGUCUCUGUUUGUGACUACAAAGCUGUGAAAUGGGUUGCCAAAAGAUGUUGCCCUUUUGUUAAAUGCUUUAAAAGGUGUGAACUUUCAAUGGAACCCUGUCUAUUCUUCCAUUCCUACUUUUUCUCCCCCGACACCUAGGCAUCAAAUCCAACAAUGUAGUUACACCAUAAGCUUGCCAUUAAAGAGCUUACCAAACUUU